AUGGACUUGCAGCCAGACUCCCAUAUCGAUCAAGCGGCCUCCAUCAAUUACUGGAAUUCAGUUCCCGCCACCGCUGAUGGCAUGCUUGGCGGCUACCCCCAAAUCUCCUCCAUUGACCUUCGUGGCUCAUCGGCCUUUCUCGCAAAAGUCCGUCGAUUGAUUCCAUCCAGCGGCUCGGGGAAGGUUGUGCUGGGCGUCGACUGUGGCGCUGGCAUUGGUAGAGUCACUGAGGGCUUUCUAAGCAGAAUAUGCGAAACCGUCGACAUUGUGGAGCCGGUUGAAACAUUCGUCGACGUCCUCAAACGCGGGAAGUCCUACCAGGAUGGCAAAAUUGGCGACAUCUACAUCACGGGCAUUCAGAGUUGGACACCAACCAAGCGCUAUGAUUUGAUCUGGACACAGUGGUGCACGAAUCAUCUCACCGAUGUACAGCUGGUGGAAUAUCUCGUCCGGUGCAAGGGCGCGCUUUCUGAGAGGGGUUUACUGAUUCUGAAGGAAAAUACCAAUUCGGACACUGCAAAUGACUACUAUGAUGCAGUAGAUAGCACGGUGACUAGAACUGAAAAUAAAUUUUUAAAAUUAUUUUCGGAGGCAGGGCUCAAAGUGCUGAGAUCAGAGGAACAAAGUGGGAUGCCACAGAGGCUGCACUUAUUGCCGAUUAGGCUCUGGGCUCUGCGGCCAGCGACUUGA